CCCAGGCUUUGGGGGGAUGAGCCGGGCGGGGAUUACGGCUCUGCUGGCGGCUCAGCGGCUGGGCCAGCGGCGAUUUCUCUCUGGGGCCCCGCUGCCUCCUGCCAGCGCUUCCCCGGGCCGGCCCCCCCAGCGGGGCAGCGGACCGGCCCCCCGCCCCCCGCGGAAAGGCUCGGGGGAGGGCGCCGCCAGACGGGGGGAGGGGAGCCGCAUGGGGCCGUGAGAAGCCGCCGCUGAGAGCCGGGAAAUUCCCCCGGACGCCUGGGUCCCUCCGAGGUGUCGAUCUCCCCCCCGCCACACACACACACUGUGAUCCUUGCCCGAAUGCCGGGGUCCCACUGAUCCCCCCCCUCCCAAUCAGCCGCUGACAAUAGGAGCCUGCGAGCUCCUUGCCCGGACGCCUGGGUCCUACCGAGAUUUCUAACCCUCCCCCUCCCCAUGCGUCUCUGACAAUAGGAGCCUGAGAUCUCUUUGCCCGGACGCCUGGGUCCCCACGGCGCUGGAUCGUCGCUGACAAAAGGCGGUUUGGAACCUUCCCCUCCCCCCACGCCUCGCCCGGACGCCUGGGUUCUGCGGAGCCCGCGGAGAAUUCGGACCCUCCCGCGCCGAAAGGAGCCGCCUUUUCGCCGCCCGGACGCCUGGGUUCCGCUACUUUCCUCCGGGAGCAGGGGCGGGGGAGAGCAGGGAGCCCCUCGAUUCCUCUGCCGGCUCCGCUAUCCCUCCUUCCCUGCCUCUCCCACCUCCCCCAGCUCUCUCUCCAUCCCUCCUUUCUCCCACUUCCUCAUUCCUUCUUUCCUCAACCCCUCUCUCCUUCUUCCAUUCUUUCGCUCUCCUUCCUUCCCGCUCGUCCUCCUUCCCCGACUCUCUAUCCCUCCCUUCCUCCGGCCUUACAUUCCUCCUCGUAAACCAUUCCUCCAUUUCUGCCCCUUUCUCUCGCUCCUCCUCCUCCUCUUAAACUCUCCUUCCUUCCCUGACACUCUCUCAAUCCCUCCUUUUCAUCCUCUUAAACUCUCCCUCCAUUCCCCCUCUUCUUCCAUCCCUCCUUCCUUGACACACUCUCUAUCCCUCCCUUUCAUCCUCUUAAACUCUGCCUCCAUUCCUCCUCCCUCCUCUUCUUCCAUCCCUCCUUCCCUGACACUCUCUCAAUCCCUCCUUUUCAUCCUCUUAAACUCUCCCUCCAUUCCCCCUCUUCUUCCAACCAUCCUUCCCUGACACACUCUCAAUCCCUCCUUUUCUUCCUCUUAAACUCUGCCUCCAUUCCCCCUCUUCUGCCAUCCCUCCUUCCCUGACACUCUCUCUAUCCCUCCCUUUCAUCCUCUUAAACUCCCCCUCCAUUCCCCCCUUCUUCCAACCAUCCUUCCCUGACACACUCUCAAUCCCUCCUUUUCUUCCUCUUAAACUCUGCCUCCAUUCCCCCUCUUCUGCCAUCCCUCCUUCCCUGACACACUCUCUAUCCCUCCCUUUCAUCCUCUUAAACUCUCCCUCCAUUCCCCCUCUUCCUCCAUCCCUGACACUUUCUUUAUCUCUCCCUUUCAUCCUCUCAAACUAUCCUCCAUCCCUCCGUCCCUGCCCCCCCUUGCCCCCGUCCCCACUUCCCUCCCUGCCCCCCACAGCCCCGGGGCGAGGAUGGCGUCAGCUCCAUUGCCAGCCCUGCCGGAGUGGAAGCUGCAGCUGCUGGAGAGGAAACGGAAGGAAGAGCAAGAGGCGCAGCGCAGAGAGCGGGAGCAGCAGGACCGCAUGGCCAAGAUGCCAGCCUGGAAGCGGGAGAUCAUCGAACGCCGCCGGGCCAAACAGGGCUCCGGUGCCUCCUUCUCGGACACGGAGGGCAGUGGCGGCGGAGCAGGGCCCCCCUCGGCUGUGGCGGGGCCGCCCGGCCCCGGGAUGGGCCAGGAGGAGAGCACCGUGCUGCAGGAGAAGAUUGGCCCGGUGCACCAGAACCCCUUCAUCCAGCUGGAGAAGAGGCGCAAGGAGACGGCGGCGCCGGAGGCCGAGCCAGCUGGCGCCAAGGCCAAGCAGUUGAUGGAGCUGUACGGCCAGCGCGCUGGGGUGAGGACCCUACGGGCCGACAACGUCAUCAUCAUUGAGUCGGUGCCGGGAGCGGCACCGCCGAGGGCCGAGUGGCAGGGGGAGGCCAAAUCCGGCAGCGUGGAAUCCCUGAACGAGCUGCUGGCCCGGCGCGGUGGGAGCGUGACCGAGAUCCGGGCCGGCGAAGUCUUCAUCGUCAAGUCGGCCCUCAGCCGCAGCGUGGAAGACCUCAACUCCUUCGGCCAAAGCCGCGGCGAGGCCGAUUGCCGGCCGGGGCUCCCGGAGCAACGCCGCGGGCGUGUCAGCAAGCUGCUAAGCCGCUUCGGCCAGGAGGACCCACCCCCGCGUCCACUCAGGUCCCUCAGCACCGAGAACCUUGCCGAUGGCUCCUACGAACGCCCCCUGGCAGCAAGGAAACCGCCUGGCUCAGCCCAGCACCGUAGUGGCACACCCAGCCCUCCCCGCGACCUGCCAGGCCUGGCCCCCUCGCCACCUCCCUUCACCGUGGCUUCCUACCGCAGCCAGUUCGAAGCCAGGUCUGAGGCCUGGCCAGAGAGCCCUCCGCGGCGCUCGCCCACCAGCAAAGCAUGGGGCAGGGAGGCCGCCUCGCCAGAGCGGGGAGCCAGGCGUGAUGGCGGCAGCCCUGGCACGGUGGUGCCGGGUCCUCGGAGCAGUGAGGCCAAUUCACCGGACAGGGGAGCCUGGCACUGUGGAAGCACAUUGGCCUUGACGCCAGGGCCGCAAGGCACGGAGGCCGCCUCGCCAGAGAGGGGAACUAGGGGUGAUGGCAGUGCCAUGGCGCCAGGACCACGAGGCAGAGAAACUGCCUCACCGGAGAGGGGAGCCAGGCCUGGUGGCGGUGCAUUGGCGGUGGGGCCGGGCCUACAAGUCAGAGAAGCCGCCUCACCGGAGAGGGGAGCCAGGCCUGGUGGCAGUGCAUUGGCAGUGGGGCCGGGCCUACAAGCCAGAGAAGCCGCCUCACCGGAGAGGCGUGACGGUGGUGGCAGUGGCUCGGGUGCGGUGAUACCAGGCCUGCUGGGCAGAGACGUCACCUCUCUGGACAGGGGUGGCAGGGGGGACAAUGGAGACGCCUCAUCCUCAGGCCUGCCCGUUGACACCAUAUUGGAUGCCGAGGCCCAGGCCAAAGCCGUGGCCAGCCUGCGUCUCCAUUCACGCAACUCCUUCGUGGUGGUGCCGCGCCGGGCGGCCGCCUCCCCUCCCCCAGACCCCGGUGAGGUUCGGCAGGAAACCAGCACUUCUCCUCCAAAGGCUGCCGCUACUCCGGCCUCCACUUCCUCCUCCUCCUCCCCCAGCCGCGAGCAGCUUCCCCUCCCGGCCAGCGCCGAGGAGCCGGCCGAGGGGGAGGCCAUGAGGCGCGGGGGCUGGGGGCCCCGGGAGCUGGGGGGCCCCUCCGCCCUGCCCCACCCGGCCGUGCAGCGCCGGAGCGGCAACACCAUCACCAUCAAUCCCCGCAAGGCGCCGGUGCCGGCCGUGGAGAACGGCGUGGCGGGCGAGGGGGGUCCCGCGGCGCUCGAGAAGGCGGCCAACGCCCCACUGAAGAAGCGCUACCCCACGGCAGAGGAGAUCCAGGUGAUUGGGGGCUACUUGUCCCUAUCGAAAUCCUGCCUGGCCAAGAACGACCCCCACCGCAAAAAGUUGAAGAUCUCGUUCAGUGAGAGUCAGCUGGAGCGCACCUUCCAGUACCCAUCCGAGGGGUCCCUGCUGGAGGAGUUUGGGCCCCCCGAGGAGUCGGACGCGCCGGCCUGUGCCAACCCCCACGGGGAGGACGACGAGGAAGAGGAGGAGCUGCUGCUUCUCCAUCGCGGCCUGCCGGGUGUGCUCAGGACCAAAUCCCUCAUCGUGGAUGAAUCCUGCAGGCGGUAACCCCGCAGAACCCCUCCCCCUUAUGGUGGGGGGACGGGGCGGAUCCAGAAGGUGCCCUGCCACGACUGGGUCCCGACUGGCCCCUUCUCUUUCGUCUUCCAGUAAAAUCCCAGCAAGAACAAGGACUGGAGGGAGGUCGGCUCCAGUCCCCCUGGCUGUGGCUAGGCCAGAGCAGCCACCCUCCUGUUUGACUGCUCCCCUAAGGUCCAGCAGGGGGGAUGAGACCAACAGAAAAACAGCAUCUAGAGAGCCUUCAGGAACAAACCCGCUUCAGCCAGCAGGGGGCACUCUGCAUCACCUGGACUGUGCUGGGAGAGCCCAUUCCCACUUCAGCCAACAGGGGACGCUCUGCACCACCUGGACUGUGCUGGGGGAGCCCAUUCCCACUGCAGCCAGCAGGGGACGCUCUGCACCACCUGGACUGUGCUGGGAGAGCCCAUUCUCACUGCAGCCAGCAGGGGACGCUCUGCACCACCUGGACUGUGCUGGGAGAGCCCAUUCCCACUGCAGCCAGCAGGGGACGCUCUGCACCACCUGGACUAUGCUGGGAGAGCCCAUUCCCACUUCAGCCAGCAGGGGAUGCUUUAAACCCCAUGGACUUUAUUGCCACCGAGAGGUCACCUGGCCUACCUUCAGCCAAAGGUUAAAGAUCACACCCCCUCCUGAAGAUGGGUAUGGGUGGGGGGUGGCAAAGAAAACCAACCCCCCACCAUACACACAUGCAUUUUUUGUAACUCUUGAAUCCUUUUUCUAGGGGGCAUCAUCCAGAAGGGAGAACUUUUGUUUCCCAAUUUUUACUUCCUAAUAAUGCUGCCAGGGUGGUCAGAGUUAAGGGGAUUGUAGUUUAGG